UUAGUUCGAAAAGUCACAUGACAGCUGUGUGAUUACGCUAUGAUAAUUCAGGAAGUUGAAAAAGUGUCGUAUUGUGAAUGAUUUUUGCCUCAGAAUUAGCUGAGAGAGCGUUUGCCUUUCAUUGUUUUUAAUUUUUCAGAAAAUGUCUGACGGUGAAGCGAAUGAAUACGUUUUUAAGUGGAUGAUAGAAAAUUAUUCAGCCUGUUUUAGAGAGAAGGGGAAGAAGAUAAGUAGUCCUGUUUUUAAAAUAAAAUGUUUGUACGGCAGCAGAUGGAUGUUGGACUUUUACCCAAAUGGAAGUUCAGAUUUAGAGGAUGAUGAAGAAUUUGUGUCUUGUUACUUGAUAUGGGUCGGAUCGGACAAAAGUAUACACCGAAUUCCAAUCUCUUGCACUGUAGAGAUUUUAAAUGACAAAAAUUGUGUUUUAGCUUCUUUUGAAAUUAAUAAUAUCUUCUUCAGAAAAUUCACGCGUUGUGGUUCCGACGAAGUGAUUGCUACAAAAGAAUUGGCUGAAGAAAUGAGUAAAUGGGAAGAAGAUAUUUUAACUCUUCAAUGUCGGAUAACGAGUGAUUUAGUUCAGGAACAGAUGUAUUCCGCAUCUGAAGCUUGUACAAAAAAUGGCGUCGACAGAUGUCGUGCUGAUUGGAAUGUCAAAUUACCAAUGCUGAUAGAGUAUUCCGAAAGCAUAGUUUUUCCUAUGGUCGAAGCCAAUCAAUUUGAGGUGACAUUAGUUUCCAAUAUAGACACUGUUAAAAUUUAUUUCCGAUUUAGAGAAGAUAUGUCCGAUUUGCCUAUGAGGAUAACAUUUAAAAUUAUAAUGUUCGACAUGAAAGACUGGAAGAUAAAUUCGAAACGUGCCGUGCACCUGUUUGAAUUUCCGGAAAAGUGGCUAUUUCCUGAUUUUAUAACGAAAGAAAUGUUGGAAUUUUGUAAAACCGAUUCAUCCCUGUAUGAAUUCAAAUUGAUUUGCGAUGUCAGCAUUUGGAAUAAAAGUGUUUCUUCCCAUUCCAUCAUCAAGUUUAAAUCCAAUUUCGUCUCGAGGAGCAUGCCAAAGAUUGAAACUUCUCUUCAAGAAGAGUUUCGGAACCUUUUCAAUAGUGGCCAAAACUCUGACAUAAUGAUUCGAACUGUGGAUAAGGAUAUUUCUGCUCAUAAAUUCGUUUUAAGUGUUCGAUCUCCCGUGUUCGCUGCCAUGUUCGGACAAGACAUGGUGGAAAAUCAAACAGGCAUAGUGGAUAUAGCAGAUAUGGAUGGACAAACUUUACAUGCCUUUCUUGAAUUUGUAUACACGGGAACUGUAAAAAAUAUGGAUUUUGACUUAGCCAAAAACUUGAUGUUUGUUGCAGAAAAAUACCAGGUACCAUCCCUUGUAGAUGAGUGUGCUUCUUUCUUGAAGUCAAAUUUAACGGUGGAAAAUGCGUGUGAAAUCAUAAUGAUUGCUGAUUUGUUUAAUCGCGAAGUCUUAAAAUCUUAUUCGUUGAACUUCAUUAAAUUCAACGCUGAUAAAAUUUUACCAACUGCUGCUUGGACACGAUUAAUAGAAGAAAAUAUUAAGAUAGCUACACUUAUUUUAUCCGAUUUGUCUUCGUAUAUACACACUAAGUACAAGUUCAGAUAAGUUCAAAUAGAUAUUUGUGUUAUCUUACUGCAUACUUUUGUUAUAUGAUUCGCGUUACUUUUUAAUGAAACUUUUAUUAACUGAAUUUUUUUAAAACUAAAUCUGAA